AUGGGCAAGCAAGCCAAUCUCUACGCCUUUCCCGAUGUCGGCGCCCUCGCACCCGCUCUACGGUCCUACGUGAUCCAGGCGCAAAACGCUGGCCUCAAUCGUCAUGACGUCUUCAAGGUGGCCGUCUCGGGCGGCUCUCUGCCCAAGACCCUCGCGCAGGCCCUCCUCGCCCCGUCCAGCGGCUCUGACGAUGUCGUCGAGUUCUCCAAGUGGGAGAUCUUCUUCGCCGACGAGCGCGCCGUGCCCCUCGACCACGAAGAUUCCAACUACGCCCUCCUCAAGUCGGAGCUCCUCGACAAGAUCCCCACCGACCAGGGCCAGCCCAAGGUGCACCCCAUCGAUGUGACGCACCUCGAUGAUACCCAAGAGCUCGCCGAUCAAUACGAACAGACCCUCGUCACGAGCUUCGCCUCGCGCGACAGCGUUCGCCUCCCCAUCUUUGACCUCCUGCUCCUCGGCUGCGGGCCCGACGGCCACACCUGCUCGCUGUUCCCCGGUCACGAUCUCCUGCGCGAAACGUCCGCCUGGGUAUCGCCCAUCGAGGACUCCCCGAAGCCCCCUCCGAAGCGCGUCACCCUGACCCUGCCCGUCGUCACCCACGCCGUCAAGGUCGCUUUUGUUGCCACGGGCGGUGGCAAGAAGGAGAUUAUGAAGCAAAUCUUUGACGAGACCAGCGGUCUGCCCUGCACCCUCGUCAACGAGGGCGCCGGCGAUCGCGCCAGCUGGUUCGUCGACAAUGCCGCCGUCGAGGGCGUUGCCUUCCCGCGGAGAAGCUUCCUGUAG